AUGCAUUUCCAAGGCUUUGGGCUAUGUUUGGGUCUUCUGCUCAUCUCUGUUAAAGCAGAAUUUAUGGAUGAUGGUGUUGAUAUGGAAGACUUUCAUGAAAACUCAGAAGAGAUUGAUGUUGAUGAUGAUGAACUUUCCUCAGAGAUUAAAUACAAGACACCUCAUCCUGUAGGAGAAGUAUAUUUUACAGAAACCUUUGAUACUGGAAGGUUGGCUGGAUGGGUUUUAUCAAAGGCAAAAAAAGAUGAUACAGAUGCGGAGAUUGCUAUAUAUGAUGGUCCUCCACACUUAGCUACCAUCCAGUUUUCUACCUGUUCACAACUGAAGUUUUAUUCCACUGCACUUGAAGGUAAUCUUACUACUCUUUUGAACUUAUGUGAAAAUAAUAGCACUUUGCAUUUUGAUCUUGUGACUACAGGAUAUGAAGUAAAUUUUCAAGAUGGUAUUGAUUGUGGAGGUGCAUACAUUAAACUCCUAGCAGACACCGAUGAUUUGAAUCUGGAAAACUUUUACGAUAAAACUUCCUAUACCAUCAUGUUUGGACCAGAUAAAUGUGGAGAAGAUUAUAAACUUCAUUUUAUCUUCAGACAUAAACAUCCUAAAACUGGAGUUUUUGAAGAGAAACAUGCCAAACCUCCAGAUGUAGAUCUUAAAAAGUUCUUUACAGACAAGAAGACACAUCUUUAUACCCUUGUGUUGAAUCCAGAUGACACGUUUGAAGUGUUAAUUGAUCAAAUAGUUGUAAACAAAGGAAGCCUUCUAGAGGAUGUGGUUCCUCCUAUCAAUCCUCCCAAAGAAAUUGAAGAUCCCACUGACAGAAAACCUGAUGAUUGGGAUGAAAGGGCAAAAAUCCCCGAUCCUUCUGCCGUCAAACCAGAUGAUUGGGAUGAAAGUGAACCUGCCCAAAUAGAAGAUUCAAGUGUUGUUAAACCUGAUGGGUGGCUUGAUGAUGAACCAAAGUUUAUCCCAGAUCCAACUGCUGAAAAACCUGACGAUUGGAAUGAAGACAUGGAUGGAGAAUGGGAAGCACCUCAAAUUCCUAAUCCAGUAUGUCGUGUUGGAUGUGGUGAAUGGAAACCUCCCGUGAUAGAUAACCCCAAAUUCAAAGGAGUGUGGAGACCUCCAAUGAUUGAUAAUCCUAAUUACCAGGGCAUCUGGAGUCCUCGAAAAAUUCCUAAUCCAGAUUAUUUUGAAGAUGAUCAUCCAUUUCUUCUUACUUCUUUCCGUGCUCUUGGUUUAGAGCUUUGGUCCAUGACCUCUGAUAUCUACUUUGAUAAUUUUAUUAUCUGUUCAGAAAAGGAAGUAGCAGAUCACUGGGCUGCAGAUGGUUGGGGCAUGAAAACAAUGGUAGCAACUGCUAAUGAGCCUGGUGUACUAAAACAGUUAAUGUCAGCUGCUGAAGAGCGCCCAUGGCUUUGGCUCAUUUACCUUGUGACAGCAGGGCUGCCAGUAGUAUUAAUUACUUCAUUUUGUUGGCCAAGAAAAGUAAAGAAAAAAUACGAAGAUGCAGAAUAUAAAAAAACUGACAUAUGUAAACCACAAACAAAAGGAGCACUAGAGCAAGAAGGGAAGGAAGAGAAAGCAGCCCUGGAGAAACCAAUAGAGUUGGAAGAAGAAAAAAAGCAAAGUGAUGGUGAAAUUCUUGAAAAAGAAGAGGAAGGUGAACCUGAGGAAAAGAGUGAAGAAGAAAUUGAAAUCUUAGAAGGGCAAGAAGAAGGUAAUAAAUCAAAUAAGUCUGGAUCAGAGGAUGAGAUGAAGGAAGCAGAUGAGAGCACAGGAUCUGGAGAUGGGCCAGUAAAGUCAGUACGCAAAAGAAGAGUACGAAAGGACUAA